GGUAUGCACAUGCUGCGGUUAAUGAAGAGUGUGAUUCAAGACACGGCCACUGUCCAGCCUGAUCACUAUAAAAGCGCUGGAUGGUGGUAUGUAUGGACGAACUCCAUACGCUCCAUCCUGAUAUGACCUACACCAUCUCAAAUAAUCCCGAUUUCUGGCCGCUCAUCAGCGCUCCUCGUUUGACUAGCUAUUUUUCAGUUGCAUGCGCUGUAGUAGUGGUAUACGAUUGGGUAUUUUCAUUCGCACAAGAGUUCGAACUGAUCUGGAUGCAACGCUGGUCCUUCAUGACUGCUCUUUAUAUUUGUGUCCGCAACAUUGGAAUACUAUAUUCUUUCAACUUCAUACUAUGGUUACUCUCAGUCCCAAUAACAAACGUGGUGGGCAAUAUUUUUUAUUUUACAAUGAUAUGGGUGCCUGUUGUCGUCAAUGCCAUGCUGGGCGUCAUUAUGAUGACUCGGAUACACGCCAUGUAUGGGCGAUCCAACAAAAUUCUCAUCUUUCUCGCUUUACUCUUGCUGGUUUCCACGAUCGCCACCGGAGUCAUGGCGGUAAUUGGAAACCUUGGUUAUUCGGGGGGGGAGACCGUGCUCUCUGGUUAUCAUAUCUGUGGUUACAAUCUUGACACAGACGCAGUAGAUCUGAAUGACGACAUGAUAAUACCCACCGCUAUAUGGGAGGUCCUCGCUUUUGUUCUUUCAGUCUGGAUUGUUACAAAACACCUCCAUGAACUGCGACAAUCGCAGAGAGGAUCGACCAUUGGGGACUGUUUUACGGUAUUAAUACGAAGUCACAUGCGGUACUUUCUAGCCUUUGCUGUCGUGGCUUGCUUAACUCUUGGCGGUUUGUCUCAAAAUUUCAUGCACUCGAGUUCGUUGGGAGCUGCUGUUUAUGCCGGCGUUGCCAACAUCGCCCAGGUGUUCCAGAUGUGUCUGCUGGGACCACGUCUGAUUCUCGGCGUUCGUGAAUAUAACACUAAGGUUGUGUCCAGGUCCGACGGGGGUUCACACAUGACGUCAAUUGUUUUCCAGGCUGGUGGAGAUGCAUUGACUAGCGAAUAUGUGUAGUUCUGGAAUACUUAGUAGGAACUUUGUUCCGGUAUUUAUUUGGUGUUCUGGAGGAUAGAAUUAUGUCUGGGCAAUAUCACGUUGCAUCA